CCCGAAUUACUUCCAAUCGAUGAUACCCUAUCACCGUCAGCAACAAAUCAACAGUACCCUGAUCCACCAAGUCCUCAGUCUUCUCUGUCCGGAUUCAGCAAUUCACUUCGAAUAUGCUCAGAUGCUGGAGGCACGAAUCAACAGGUUAUAACAGAUAACUUGGAAGUAUCAAAGACGAUAUCGCCGUUUGUGAAUAAUGGUGCAGGUGCGUCUGGCAGUAGCAGCAUUAAUAAUAUCGGAGGAUGUCGACGUGACCGGAGUGGUGCUGGUAAUAGUACGGUGAUUCCGGUUGGGGGCACGCUCUCAAGACCGAUCAGAAAGAAACGACCACCAGUCUACGUGACCGAUUCGGACUUCAAAGCGACAGUUCGCGAACGAGUGGCCUCGAUGUAUUUGAACGAUUGGUUAGCCGAUGUGGUGUUCAUAGUGGGCAGUGAGGAGGAUCGCGAACGCAUUCCUGCACAUUCGUAUGUACUAUCGAUAGCAUCACGAAUAUUCAGUGCGAUGUUUCAUGGAGGUUUCGAGAAGAAGACCGAAAUCGAAAUACCCGACGUUGAGCCGAUUGCGUUCAAAAUUUUGUUGAAAUAUUUGUAUACGGAUGAAGUGGAGAUUAAGGCCGAAUAUGCGCUGUGCCUUCUGUAUGCAGCGAAGAAAUAUUUCAUUCAUUAUUUGACUCGAGCUGUGGUCACGUUUCUGGAGGCAAACCUUAGCGCAGAUAAUGUCUGCUUAUUGCUCUCGCAAGUGACACUUUUUGAAGAGCAGGAACUCAUUAAGCGAUGUUGGGAAUUGGUGGAUGCGAAUGCGGAGUGUGUGCUGCGAUCGAAAGGUUUCGUUGACAUUGACUAUCAGUUGUUUGAGCAGAUCAUCUCACGUGAAACAUUGAUCAUUCAUGAACGAACCGUGUUCGAAGCAUCUGUGGAAUGGGCCAAAGCUGAAUGUGUUCGACGCAAUUUGGAAUUGAAUGCGAUGAAUAUUCGUCAUAUGUUGAGCGAUGCCUUCUACCAUAUUCGUUUCCCGGUGAUGACUAUCAAUGAGUUUGCGAAUUGUGUGGUGAAAUCAGAGCUGUUGAGUUGUCAGGAAACAAAUAAUAUCUUCUUGCAUUUUGCGGCUGAGGAGAAACCACGUCUGCAGUUUCCGGUGGAGCCUCGUAAUGGAUUGCCACUGCAGAUUUGUUCACGAUUCCAUACCGUUCUUCAAGGAACAAAUCAAUGGCGAUAUCGUGGUCGAUGUGAUAGUAUUCAGUUUAUUGUGGAUCGACGAAUCUUCGUUGCUGGUUACGGCUUGUAUGGAAGCAGCAGUGGGCAGUCGCGUUACAGUGUACGGAAAUUUGUGAAAAUGGAGUUGAAGAAGGGUCAUGAAGUGUUAGCAACGAUGCAAGGCCCGUUGUAUUCAUCGGGUUUUCCAGAACCACAGCCACUGUUGUUCAAUCACCCCGUUCAAGUAGGUUUAGCCAUGUAUUUUAUUGAUCCUGAUAUACAGUAUACGGCAUCGGUUACAAUGGAGGGUCAGCUGAGUCAUUUUGGACAAGAGGUGAGUGAAUAUGCGUUGUGUUUAGGUUAUCAGAGUUUGGAGGGAAUGUCUGAGGUUGUUGUUGAGAUAAAUUACCAUGGGAGAAGAUCGUCGAUGAACACCGCUUCUGGAGCAGGCUCGAAGCAAGAUGGUGAUGAAGUGGUGAACUUCUUCUUCACGCCAUCCGCGGACAGUAAGAACGGUACGGGUGUUCAGGGUGGUCAAAUCCCGCAAAUACUCUUCUACCCUUGA